AUGGCGCAUGAACCACGUACUCCCAACAACCUUCAGUGCCUUAUCGCCGGCGGACUUGCUGGUAUGGCCGUCGAUACAGCGCUACCGCGGCUACAAGCCAAGGGCGGGUUUCUGGCAAGCGGGGGCUUCCGCGGUAUCUACGCCGGUCUCUCGUCGGCUGUGAUCGGCUCCUCCCCGGGCGCCGCCAUGUUCUUCCUCACAUACGAAAAAGUCAAGGCCAUGGCCGAGCGGCGAGCCGUGCACAUGUUUGCAGCGUCCGCCGGUGAGGUCGCCGCCUGCAUGGUCCGCGUGCCCACUGAGGUGAUCAAGCAGAGACUGCAGACCAAACACCAUCCAUCGCUAGGCAAGGCAGUCCGCGGCACAUACCAUGCAGAGGGCAUUCUGGGGUUCUACCGCGGCUACCUGACGACUGUGGUGCGAGAGAUUCCGUUUACAUGCAUUCAGUUCCCGAUCUACGAGUACAUGAAGGCGGCGGUAUGCGGAUCGAUUUCGGGUGGAUUUGCUGCUGCCGUUACAACCCCGCUGGAUGUCGUAAAGACCCGGGUCAUGCUGUCAAUGAAGGGCAUGGAGGCACACAUGCAGUACUCGGGUAUUGGCAACACGCUUGUGCGGAUCGCCCGCGAGGAGGGCUUCAGGGCUCUGUUCAGCGGAGUUGUGCCCGGCACUAUCUGGAUCAGCAUCGGUGGAUUCGUGUUCCUGGGCUCAUACGAAAAGGUCAAGGCUGUAAUGAUGGAUCACAAAAAUCCUUUCGACAUAGCGUUUUUGCCAAGCGGUAUAUGGCAAGCGUUUUGA